GUCAACGUCUCUCGUUGUCGUCAUCGCCCCGCCCUCCAAUAGCGAGCGGCUGCGUUCCGGCUGUGAUGGUUUGGAUUUGUCGACGACUCCUGUGGACCCUUGUAUGAUCAGCAUGGAAGACAUUCCUACGUUCAGCUCGCCAGGGGAGGAGAUGGCUUACUGGAGGGACCAGGCCACAAAAUACAAACAGAGCGCACAAGAGGCCCAAGAGGAGCUGCAAGAAUUCCAGGGAAUGAGUCGGGAAUAUGAAGCUGAACUUGAGGAGCAGCUAAAGAGAUGCGAGACACGGAAUCGGGAGCUGCUUUCAGAAAACAAUCGGCUGCGUAUGGAGCUUGAGACGCUAAAGGAAAAGCUUGAAACCCACCAUUCAGAGGCAUACCGUCAAAUUUCAGCACUUGAGAGUGACCUCGCACAGACCACUGCAGUCCGAGACCAGAUGCAGAAAUAUGUCAGGGAGCUGGAGCAAGCCAAUGAUGAUUUGGAACGGGCCAAGAGGGCCACCAUCAUGUCCUUAGAUGACUUUGAGCAACGCAUGAAUCAAGUUAUUGAGCGCAAUGCCUUUCUAGAGAGCGAAUUAGACGAGAAGGAAAACCUGCUAGAGUCUGUGCAGAGACUGAAGGACGAGGCCCGAGAUUUGCGUCAGGAGCUGGCAGUACAGCAGAAGCAGGAAAAGAGGCCUUCACUUGGAAUGGUGAGAGAUGCAGAUAAAAAGGAGUCCUCUCUGCACUCUGCUUCUCUUCCAGCCACCCCAGUGGGUCCCCGGGGCAAUGGGAGCAUCCUCAGCACCCCUGCCACUUACAGGAGAGUAGAAGGAUUCACUGGGACGCCUUUGACGGCCUCCGCCCGGAUCUCAGCCCUGAACAUCGUGGGGGAGCUCCUCCGGAAAGUUGGGAAUCUGGAAUCAAAGCUGGCCUCCUGCCGAGAGUUUGUUUAUGACCAAACGCCAACUCGGAUGGCACCCUCUGCUGCUGCCACCACCACCGCCUCCACCCUCGGGAGCAUCAAGUCAGCCAGGGAGUGCCACGAACACCGGCCCACUUCAGCAGGCCUGUCCAUGUUUGACAAAGGGUUGGUCAAGCGGCUGGACUUUGCCCCUCCUAGUGGACCCCCUCAGUCCGCGGUGUCUCCUCAAGGGGUUGUGAAGAUCUUGCUCAGCCGCCUGGCCGUGAGGUGCAAAUGAAAAGAGAAGCAGCGGUGUAUUAUCCGCUAACUCGGAACACGUUGGAACCGUGUUGGGUAUGAAGAGGCGGUUGUAGUAGGGACAGGAGCGAAACACGAGGAUGAAGAGGUACCGAGAUCACUGCUCUGCUUCCUAAAGUGACUUGUGGAUUUAUUUAUUUUUUUGUCAAGAAUGUUUCAUUCAGGCGGGCAGGAGGAGAGCAGAACCAACCAAGCCCCCCACUUAAAUAAGGAGGUGCAUUAAUGCCAAGAACAAUGGCUUCAAAUUAAGAAGCUGCUUAAAAUGAGCAACGGAAGCCAGUCUGGUGGUCCCAGACCAGGAGUAUCUGCCCCUUCAUCUCCAUGUGCGCCCAUCAGACCUUGAGAUAUCUGUCCAGCCUUACCUUGGUGCUGUCCAUCUGUCUGUCCGUUUUGUUUCCCCAAAGCCAUUAGGGCACUGGAUGCAAGGCGGAACUCAAGCCGUCUGGCACUCAACACCCACAAUCAUUGGCACUAAACGGGCACAUCCUGGACGAUGUCUUGAGGAGAGGAAGCCCCCACAGAUAAUUUAAGAUGGACACAUGCAGAGUUGGCACAGAUUAUCUCCUCGUCCCUGGAGUUCAGAUUUGUGCCCCUCAUACGUCACACCAACUCUUCAAACCCGGGCACCCUUUUGUGCCAUUUAUGGUUAUUUCCUAUUUAUUUAUAACUAAUGUCCGACAGAAUAGAUGUGUAAAGGUGCCUAGUUUAAUCGACUCAUCACAGGUGGUCUCAGUGGCAUUUUGUUUAAAACCCCGUUCUUUAACUGUUUUAGGAAAACUAAAGCCAGUAAUUGGGCACAUAAUGGGUUGUGCCACACUCUUAACGGCACAUUUUACAAUAUUAGCACUUGGGUUGUACAAGGGGAGGACACGGGGGGGCACUCCGGUUAGGGGGUACUCGUGUCUUAUCAGCUUCUCACUGAACCAUCCUUGAUGACCCCAAUGUAGACUAAGCGGCUGUGAGAAUGAAUGUAUCUACCCUUCUAGGAAAUCGCAUCCUUUAGAAGUAAAUAACUGCACAAGUUUGGUUAGCUGCUUUCUCUGGUGGGCUUCUCUGGGAAGAAAUUAAAAUCUGA